CUGUCAAAUUGUCAAUGAACGCCAGAUUUCGGCGAUACGGCACGAUGCAAUCGGGCUUUUAGUAUUAAUAAAAUUUCAAUUAAAACAUGCAUUACUCCAUUAGUGCGUGUUCGUAACUAACAAAUCCCCCUCAAUAACUGAAUUACUUUCCAAUAUUCAUUUCAUAUAGCUACGGCUUAGGUUAGAAUAGUUAAGUCUCGUACACGUAUGCAGUGUUUCGGUUUUUGUACGUUUCGGUGUUGAAAAUAUGACGUAAAGUGGGAUUUCCCUAUUCCAAGUUAAAGUUUCCAAGAUGCUGCCACUGACCCAGAAGGACGCCCGGUUCCCGCGCGGGCGUAUCGCCGGACUCCGCGACAAGUUGACGAAUUGGUUCAGACUAAUAUAUUCCGAUAAGAAUUCCAGGAAUUUGUUCCUAUUCCUUAUACUGAACUUGUCCUUCGCCUUCGUCGAACUGUUCUAUGGGGUGUGGACAAAUAGUUUAGGUCUAAUCUCUGAUGCAUUCCACAUGUUCUUCGACUGCACGGGCCUGGUGGCAGGCCUAGCGGCCUCCGUGAUAUCAAAAUGGCGGUCGAACGAGCGGUACUCAUACGGGUACGCGCGGGCAGAGGUGGUCGCUGGCUUCGUGAACGGCCUGUUCCUGCUGUUCAUAGCGUUCUUUAUUAUGAGCGAGGCGGUGGAGAGAGCUAUUGAACCUCCUGAGGUGAAACACGAGCGACUCCUACUCGUCUCGAUCCUGGGCUUCCUAGUCAACAUGGUGGGCAUCUACGCGUUCCACCACGGCCACGCGCACGGGCACGGCGGCCACGGCCACUCCCACGGCGGCCACGGCCACGCCCACAACGGCCACGGCCACGCCCACGACGACGACGUCAACACCGGCGCCGGCAGCGCCAUCAUGCGCGGCGUCUUCCUGCACGUGCUCGCCGACACGCUCGGCUCCGUCGGCGUCAUCAUCUCCGCCAUCCUCAUGAGAAUGUUCGGCUGGAUGCGAGCCGACCCCAUAUGCUCCAUGGCUAUAGCCCUACUUAUAGCUGGAAGUGUUAUACCGUUAGUGCGCGAUUCAGCCGGUGUGCUAAUGCAACGGACUCCUACCGCUUUGGAGCGCGCUUUACCCAACUUGUACACCAGAGUGGUAGGUCUAGCCGGGGUCCACGGAGUCCAGGAGCCGCACUUCUGGACUCUGUGCAGUGACGUGCACGUUGGGGCCCUAAAGUUGGAAGUGGCCAAGGAAGUGGACCCGCGGUAUGUGACGGAGCAAACCGCUAGGAUCUUUAGAGAAGCUGGUGUCAAACAUUUGACGGUGCAAUUGGACUAUUCCCCGCUCUGAUCCUAAAUUAUAAACUGUAGGAUUUAUAGCGACUUGCUUGCGACGACUUUAGGCGUCGUCGGCGUUCAAAGGGUUGUCCAUGGACCUCUAAAAGUUAUAAUUCGGCUCAAAGCCUAGUAUUAAAUAUGUUUGAAAACAAGUGGUGCAAUUAUUUUAUUUGUUAAACGUAUUCCAAUUUCCAAAUGUAGCGUUUUCAAUCGCUUUCUGAUAGUAACUCUAGUUAUUAUGUCUCGAAAAAUGAUCACUGCAAACGAUAGUCGACAACACAAAACACUAAAUUAGAAAAAUAUUGUUUUUCAUAACAGAAUACAGGUCCAUGGAUUUCAAAAUAGUAUCGAGAAUUCGAGGUUCAUACCGUUUUAAGUACAGUACUCUAUAUACAGGUGCGAUUAGAAAAAAUAUUGUCCCGAUGAGGGUUUAUUUAAUAUUGUGAUAAGAUAGUUUUAUUCGAGCUGUAAAUUUAUUUCACAUUUACAUGUGACAGUCUGUAAAGAGGUAUUUAAUUUGCUAUGAAUGUGGAUCAAACACAUUUUACACAAUUUGAAAAAUAUUAUUGACUCUAGAAUAUAGUCUGUUCGGAAAGAGAGUCAUGGAAUGUAUUAGACCCCAUACAUUUCGACUUUUCUCUUUCCAAACAGACUCUACCUACGUAUCUAAUAUCUAUAUAUUAUUAUCCGUAUCUGUUAUUCUUAUUUGAGUUUCAAGUAUUGAAAAAGUAUGUCACCUCUAAAGGCAGCGUAAAAAUUAUCUUCUGAUUUCUUUAAAAUGUUCUAUACCUACAGACGCGAACAAUUAACCAUACUAUUUAAAAUUGUGUUUGACCCGCGUGUAAAGUUUCUUUACAGUGGGUACCUAUUCACUGUACAGUUCAUAUACUUUCACCUUUUAUCAAUAACUUCUUUCCAAUACUUACCUUCCUGCCGUGUCAAUUACUUGUCACAAAUAAGCCAAAAAUAUAUUUCAACUGUUAAAUUUGUACUUUUUAUAAAUUGCCAUAUGUAAUUUAAAAAUACUUGUAGGUACUCCUAUUUUCAUGAUCACCUGCCAAACAAAUGUUGAUAAUAUGCUCUAAUAUUGCUUAUAAUUCGAACAUCAUACCUAUAGACAUUUCACUUUGUAAAUAAAUACUAUUCCAUAAUUAUUUUAGGUCAAAUUAUAUACUUAUAUUUUUGUGAAAAGGUGAAUAUAAAAUUGUAUGUUUGUAGCUUCUAUGUGUAUUUAUUAUGCAUUAUGAUUGUUUUGAAGAUUGUAUAUUCAACCAAAAUUACUUGUGUAAAAGUUUAAUUUACAAUUGCUUCAGGAAUUUUAUUCUUGUACAGUCAGCCAAAAAAGUGGUUUACCACAUUUCGACCUUGUGUUUGAAAUAGAGUCGAAAAGUGGUAAACCACUUUCUUGGCUGACUGUACCUAUGUCAAAGGUUAAAAUGUUUAUCAUUGGCUUACAAACCGUAGAUACAAUACAGUCUUACAUAGAAUACAAGUUUCGGCUUAUCAAUAAAACAAGUUUAUGAUGCACAAAAUGAUAUUAACGAAGUAUAAAAAUACUACUUAUUUAUAAUAAAAUCUAGAGAAAUAUUACAGACACUUCACUCUUGAUUA